CAGUCGGUAGAGCAGCUACGGGGGCUAUCGUAGCAACGUGAAGCAUUGUGGGGCAGAGGCGGCCUUCUCUUUAUUGAGACCGGCAAGACUUGCUGAAGUAAAUAUCGGAGGCAGCAGACUUCUGUAUUAGCUAAUUAAUAGUUUCUUGACUUAUUACACUAAGCCUCAGUUUCUUUAGACAUGGGGCAGGAGGAGCUUAUGAGUCGAGCCGAAGAUGUGGCGGACCAGUUCUUGCGGGUGACGAAGCAGUACCUGCCUCACCUGGCUCGGCUGUGUCUAAUCAGCACCUUCCUGGAGGACGGCAUCCGUAUGUGGUUCCAGUGGAACGAGCAAAAGGACUACAUCGAGGCGACGUGGGGCUGUGGCUACUUCCUGGCCACCUGCUUUGUGCUGCUCAACCUCACAGGACAGCUUGGUGGCUGUGUCCUUAUCCUCAGUAGAAAUUUUGUACAGUAUGCCUGCUUUGGAUUAUUUGGAGUCAUAGCUCUACAGACGGUUGCAUACAGUAUUUUAUGGGAUAUAAAAUUUCUGAUGAGGAACCUUGCCCUGGGCGGUGGACUCCUGCUGUUACUAGCGGAGUCACGUUCAGAAGGGAAGAGCAUGUUCGCUGGCGUCCCCUCCAUGGGGGAGAGCUCACCAAAGCAGUACAUGCAGCUGGGAGGUAGAGUCCUGUUGGUGCUCAUGUUCAUGACCCUGCUGCACUUUGACCCCAGCUUCUUCUCGAUCCUCCAGAACAUGGUGGGCACGGCUCUCAUCAUUCUGGUGGCCAUUGGCUUCAAGACCAAGCUGGCCGCCCUGACCCUGGUAAUAUGGCUGCUGGCCAUCAACGUCUACUUCAACGCCUUUUGGACGGUGCCCGCCUACAAGCCUAUGCAUGACUUUCUCAAGUACGACUUCUUCCAGACCACGUCCGUCAUCGGAGGGCUGCUGUUGGUCGUAGCACUGGGGCCCGGCGGGGUGUCCAUGGACGAGAAGAAGAAGGAGUGGUAGGGAGAGGGAGAUGCACAAGCACCACUAACCCCAGGACACACAAGGACCCCCAGGGUACUCGUCAUUUUCCUGACCAUCCACAGCAACCUCUCCCUCCACCGUUCUGUCUCCUCCUUUUCUUUUUUCACAUUUUGUUUUCCAGCUGCUGUUUGUUUUUAUGAGGUCAAUAUGGUCGGUACUGGAUUAUUUUAUACACCUAUUUAUGUCCCCUUUAUUUUGGUGGCAAGGAAAAAGUCAGAUUUUGAAUAAACUGUCAAAGUGCAAAGUAACUAAUUCAUGAGUGAUGGGUGGAUGAAAAAAAUAACUUGGUUCUGUGUUGGAGAGGUAUGAAUAUCACAAUGUAUUUAUGGAUGUUAUCAUAACCUUUCAGAAAGAAACAGUUUUUUGUGAAUAGCUGAAAAACAGUGGUGAGUACGUGUAUCAGUUUGCUGGACAAGGUAGACGCCAAUCUUUUCCUGCUUGUUGGACCAUCUGUGACUUGCUCAUAUCAAUACUGAGACCUCAGGCACUGAAUACGAUACGAUUCUCCCUCACUCUGUAGGUUGCCAUCUUCCCCGCUUUGCAGAAGCCCCAGGCCUCAUCCUUACACACAUCCAGUCCCAUGGCUGUGACUCAUGGAUUGCAAAUGGAGAUGAGUUGUGGGGGAUGUGUGCAUUGUAUACUACUAUUCAAAAUGGUGGAUUGAAGUUGUGCUUGAUUGAAUAUUGAAAGAAUUGUUAGCACCAGAACUCUUUUUUGGGGCGCUUUGUUCUGUACAUCUAGGGCAAAUGCCUAACUAGUAACUGUAUUUUAACAGGGCAGUAGUGGGAGUUUGACAUUUGUGAAACGCCAUAUUCCUCAAUCUAAAGAAGCAAGCAGAACUGAAGAGUCAGCAAUCACCCUGACUUUCCUUUGUUCAGUGUUUUUGCUUUAUACUGUAUAAGGAAAUAAAAAAUCUUGAGUUUA